AUGGAUUACGGCAGGCACAUGUACCCUACCUGCCCAUCCCGAAUCCAAGCCCCACGGCUCGCUGCUCAUCCCAAUCCAUUGGCCCGCGCCGCCGCUCGCUUCCUCCCCCUCUUCCUCCUAUGGCAGCGCCUUCCCCCACCCCUCCUCCGCCGUCGCCGCCUCCUAAACCCUAGCCCCAGAACCCUGGCCACGCGCGCCGACACCCUCGUCCUCCCCGGCGACGAGCGCUCGCCCUCGCGCCUCCCGCACCAGCCGGGCCCGGACUAUGGCAUCGGCGGCAGGAGCGCUCCGGGGACGAUCGCCGCCAUCGUCACCUCCCUCGGCGGCGGCUCCGCGGCAGUCGGGGUCGUGCGGCUCUCGGGCCCCGAUGCCGUCGCCGUCGCCGACCGCGUGUUCCGGCCCGCCGGGAGGGCGCCGGCGCCGUGGCGGCCGCGCAGCCACUUAGCGGAGUACGGGCUCGCGCUGGGCGCGGAAGGGAACGUCAUCGACGAGGUCUUGGUGGUGCCUAUGCUGGCUCCGAGGUCGUACACACGGGAGGAUGUGGUGGAGCUCCAGUGCCAUGGCAAUGAUCUCUGCUUGCGGCGCGUGCUCAGGGCUUGCUUGGAAGCUGGCGCAAGGCUUGCUGAUCCUGGUGAGUUCACCCUUCGCGCAUUCCUGAAUGGGAGAUUGGACUUGGCCCAAGCUGAGAACGUGUCAAGGCUCAUUUCAGCUAAGUCAGCAGCUGCGGCUGACUCCGCUUUGGCUGGCAUCCAGGGAGGCUUUUCUACUCUAGUAAAGUCGUUGAGAUCAAGGUGCAUUGAGUUGCUAACUGAAAUCGAGGCUCGUCUAGAUUUUGAAGAUGAGAUGCCUCCCUUGGACCCAGUGAUGCUUGUCAGCAAAAUUAAUUGUAUGAGGCAGGGGGUUCAGGAUGCUUUGGACACUUCCAAUUAUGAUAAACUGUUACAAUCUGGUCUACAGAUAGCAAUAAUUGGCCGCCCAAAUGUUGGCAAGUCAAGCCUCCUUAAUGCUUGGAGUAAGAGUGAAAGGGCUAUUGUUACUGAAAUAGCCGGAACUACACGGGAUGUAGUAGAAGCAAAUGUCUCAAUUCAUGGCAUACCAGUUACACUUUUGGACACCGCUGGUAUAAGAGAAACUGAUGACAUUGUGGAAAAAAUUGGCGUGAAAAGAUCCGAGGCUGCUGCACUGGGAGCUGAUCUUAUUAUAAUGACAAUAAGUGCAGUUGAUGGAUGGACCGAUGAUGACACUAAACUUAUUGAGCAUGUUUUGAUUAAUAAGAAGUCCUCAGGUUCUGCAGUUCCGAUGGUUCUUGUAAUCAACAAGGUAGACUGCACACCAUUUAUUUCUGGAGAACAGUUUGAACAAUUCAGUGGUCUUUUCAGAAAACAUGUACAGACAUGCGCAGUCACUGGCAAAGGGAUUUCCGAGUUGGAGAGUGCUGUAAUAGAGGUCAGGGGUCUUGAUCAUGUACCUUCUGGAGGACGACGGUGGACUGUGAAUCAGAGGCAAUUCGAACAGCUCCUGAGGACUAAAGAAGCUUUUACACGACUAGAAUCAUCAAUCAAUGAGCAGUUACCGAUGGACUUUUGGACUAUAGACUUGAGGGAAGCUGCACUUGCUCUUGCAACAAUCAGCGGCGAGGACAUUUCUGAAGAAGUUUUGAGUAGCAUAUUCAGCAAAUUUUGCAUCGGGAAAUGAUCCACAAGCUCGGCGUCCUGUAGAUUCUAAUCGGUCUUCUCGAUAUGGUGCACCAAGUAGUUUUGAGCGGAGGCUUCUUCGUCAACUCAGAACAGGAAGCAGCAUACUGGCACAUAGAAUUACCUGGACAGAGCACGCCCUACUUUUUCUCUGAAGUGCCAGGCGAAGAAUGUUGCAGGGAAUUGAAGCACUACCGUCUUAGUGCACAGUACACCAAAUAGUUGAUGAGGACAGCUUUGGCGUCGGAGCUUCUUAAUCUUGUGUGAUCGGUGAUGUCUAGGACAACUUUAGCUCUAAUCUAAACACGAAUUUACUGUUUAAUUCAUCUGCCUGGUUGUGGCCGGAGCCACAAAUA